UGAAAAAUUUAUCUUUUUUCUACCAAAAUAUGUUUGAAGAUUAAAAAUCGGUCAACGGGAACCACUGUUCUUUCCGGUUUGAAAACUGCUAGUUGUAGUUGUGUUUGAAAAUGGCGCGUCUCGAGCAAGUGGGCUAUUGUUUCAAGCCUACGACCGAAUAACAAUGGUAACCAAGACUAAAACAAAACCCAUUCAAAAAAGCCACUCGUGUGUAAAAUGGUUCACAAUUGCCGCGAAUUUUAAAACUGAGGUUACUGUUCCGGCUGACUUAUUCGAAUAGCCGACCAGAUCGCGCAAUGAAUAUAAACAUGGAAAACGUCAGUGAUCGGGAGCUCUUUUCAGAGCUCUUCGAAAACCCGAUCAAUCCGUUACUCCUUCAUAUGGUACCUCCAUUUGUUGACGUAAACAGUCCGAUGUAUUAUCUUCAACUUAACGGCGAAGUAAUAUAUAACUGGCGACAAGUUCACGGGCGUCCCCAAACAGUCUUCGACUUGCUCCAACGAAGCAUCUUGCCUCUUGGAUACCAGCUGAAGGCAUCGGGUCAAGAGCGUAUUGGAAAUGCACUUGCUGAGAGCAUUAGAAGAUUCUGGAGAAAAGUUCAAGGAACAAAGGACGGAAAAAAACGAAAAAGAUUAAAAGCAGAGACUUGGGUCAAGCUGGCCAUAAAACCGGAGGAGAUCGAGCGGACACCUUUCGACGUGUUGGCCGAGACCAGAAAUGUAGAGGAGAAAGCGGCUUCUCUGUAUGAGGAGAUGCGGCAAGAACUUGCACACCGUGGCAAGGACUUCACUGAUGUUGGCAAGAAACAGCAACACAGACAUUUGACACAAAUAAAAAAUAAAGCUCAAGACGCACUGUGGUUUGGGGAAACCUAUGGCCUAAUUCCCCAAUCAUUAAUAGUUGAAGACAAAAAUGGAAUGGUCCAUGAGAUAAACUUGAGCCAAACAGAUGAUGCUGAAAAAGAAAACACUCCAGUCAGCGAGAGGAACUCAGAAAGCCAGAGCCGGGAACAAGGACAUCAGGGAGACAGUUGUAAAGAAAGGAAAGCUCAUUAA